AUGGAAAGUGGCGGUGGGGCUGCUCAAAGGAGUCCACCCCGGGAAACUCCUGGCACCAGUGGACGCCAACCUGGCAUGCAGAUUGCAGCCGGGGAUAAGGCUGAAUCUGGGGCGCAGGCCCCGGGCGGUCCUCCCGCGACACCCACGGCCUUCACGAGGCCUGACCAGAGGCCAGAACCAGCUGCAGCGGGCUAUCGGCAGAGGAAGCUAGCUGCUCGAAUCCUGCAAAGGUUCACCGCAACGCCUGACCUUUGUAGCAAGGCGAAAGAAGAGCAUGUGAAGGAGAUCCUCACAGAAAUCGACUGGGCAAAGGCAGUCCUGCCCGACUACCGCAAGCCGGAGGAGAAGCAGCCGCAGGCGCCCUCCAGUAAGCGCAAUAGAUCGGGGGAAAAUACGCCCAACCAAUACGCAAAGAGGGUCAGAACGCAGGGGCCUUCUUUUGCUGAAGUAGCCAAGGAGCAGAUCCUGCUCGGCGUCAUCGAUGAGAGCAAUGAAGACAGCCUCACCCUGAGGCAGCAAUGGAAGUGGGUUAAGGCCGCGAUGGCCGACAUUGCUAUCAACAUUAUGUUGGAGAAUCCGGGACCUCCGCCAACCUGCAAGGGAGCGGGGUGGUUCCAAAAUAACAUCCGCGUUAUAGCAUGCGAGGAUGCCAGAUCAGCGGAGAUCUACAAGAAAACAGUUGCAGGUAUUGGAGAAGUCUACCCUGGUGCGAAGCUCAGGGCGGUCGACUUCAAGGACCUACCGGUGCGACCGAGAGCGAGAGCAUGGUUGCCUUGCAAGCCAGCGGAGCCAGAAAGGAUCCUCCAAACCAUAAGGCUCUAUAAUCCGGAGCUACCUACCGAUAGUUGGAAGGUGGUCAAAAUCAACGAAAGCGGUAAAGCGACGAUGCAGGUUGUCCUGCUUCUAAAUAAGGACUCCAUAGAGUUGUUGGAGCAAAAGAGCGGGGUCAUACGUUACGGCUGUGACAUGGCCAAAAUUAAGGUCUACAGCAACGACGUAAACGCAGCGAGGAACCUGAUCGCGGAGGUAGAGCCGGAAGAGGCCAACAGCGACGUGGAGAUGGAGGAAGAAUCCGAGCAGGUUGAUCCGAUGGACGACCUGACCGGGGGUUAUGCCUCAUCGACGUCUUCGCUGGGGGUCGGACGCAUGCUUCGGCUUUAUACGGAGGAGGAGUUGAUCGAGAUGUCGGAAGACGCGGUCAACUCCACCCUAAUAGGCGACGUGGGCGAUAACGGCCAAGAUGGUGAAGGUACUGCAGAUUAACCUUCACCACUGUAAAGCAGCUUCAGCUGCACUGCUGCUCCGUCUAACAGCUAAAGGGGCAGCCGACAUCGUCCUAAUCCAAGAACCUUGGGUGGUGGGACAAAACAUUUGUGGGCUGAAAGCGCCGGGCUACAGACUGCGACGAGGACACAACAGCGGUCAGUCUAAGUGCAAACGGACGACCAAUUAGGAUGGCAUCCAUGUACCUAGCGCAUGAC